AUGGAGAGCGAGGCGUGGAGGAUGGAGUGCGAGCGCGUGGAGGACGAGCUGGACAACGCGUUGGAGAUGCUCUCUCUCGCCAACGCGAAGCUCGCGGAGGUUGCGGCGGCGGGGCGAGAGGUUGAAGACUCGCCGCCGAAAGGGCGCGAAGGCGCUGCUGAGGCGAAGUUUUCGGGCGCGGGCGCGAUAGAAGACGAAGACAGCGGCACCGAGGACGAGGAGGAGCUGGACGCGGCGACGUACGACGACGCCACGCGGGGACGCAUCGACUCCGUGACGGCGUAUCUGUCGCGAAAAAAGUGGCGCAAAGCCGUCUUCACGGAGGAGCAAAUCUACACCGCGCGGCGCAGAGCGGUGACGUUACUCGCGACGACGGCGACGAACGCCCCGGGCGCGCUCGGGCGGUUCGGGGAAGAGCACGACGUCGACAUGGCGAAGCGCGCGAUCGACGCGCUCGGACGCCUCGCGCGCGGGCCCAAGGCGUACCUCGUCCUCGUCAACGGCGGUCCUCGCGCGGCGAUCGACGCGCUCAAGCUGUACGAUAAGAAGGAAGCCGUCGCCGUCGCGUGCGUCGGCGUCCUGGACGCGCUGCUUCGGAACGAUUCGACGAGGGCGAGGUUCAAGCGCCAGGUGCGGUUCCGGAACGUCGCCAACGCGCUGUCCGUGGCUGCGGGGCGCGCGGACGCGUUUAAGGUGACCGUCGCGACCGCGUCGGCGUUGUGGGCGUACGCCAAUCUCGGCGAGACGCCCGCGCAAGUCGCCGUCGUCGCGUCCGGGUUCAUCCCCGUCCUCCUCGGCGCGAUGACCGACGCGCUCGAGGGCGAGGGCGCGGAGCUUGGGACGUUCACCGCGGACGACGCGCGGUCGCUCGUGGGAUGCGCGCUGUCGAUCGCGAAGGGGAACGAGACGAUACAAGACGUGUUGGUGCGCGACGGCGCGCGGGCCAAGGUGAGGGCGCUUCUGUUGAAGUACCCGACGGUGUCGUUCGACGGCGAGUUCACGCCGCUGCGCGACUGGAUCCGAGGCGAUCGCACCAGCUCGAGGAGCGCGGAGCCGAAGACGCCGAGAGAGAAGGGAGCCGCCGGCGCCGGGCGGAAGCGAACGCCGAUCGGCGACGAGAGCGAGAGCGACGACGAGGCGGCGACGAAGGCGCGUUCUAUACACUGGUUCCCAUACGACCGCGUCGGUGUGGUGAACGCCGAGCGCGCGGCGGCGCGGGAACGGGAGGAGGCGAAAACCCCGGAGCGCGACCACGCGGAGCGGGUGCUCGCGGCGUCUGCGGGGGAGGAGGAGACGCCGCCGCCGAAGGCGAAGAGAGCGCUCGCGGCGUCUGCGGGGGAGGACGCGGCGGCGGAUCUCGCGGCGAAGGCGAAGACGGAGACGGAGACCGCCGCGAAGAAGGAACCCGGGGAGGACGCGUCCAAGGAGAACUCCUCGGAACUCGCGGGGGAGCUCGCGGCGGACAUGACGAAGAAGGUGGAGACGUGGAAGGCGGCGCCGAGUAAGAAGACCGUCAAGGAGGCGAUCAAAGCCUGCGUGAAGGUUUUACGCGACGAGCGCGCGCCGUUGGCGUCGUCGUGCGCGCCCGCGCUAGACGCGCUCGCGGAGAUCAUGACGACGGAGCCGAAGGAAGUCAGCGCGCGCGGCGGCGUCGGCGCGGUCACCGUCGCGAUGGAGCGCGACGGCACGGACAAGGCGUUCGUCGCCGGCUCGCUCGCGCUCGUCUCGAUGCUCGCGUUCAACGCGAAGACCGCGAAGCUGAUCAAGGCGGACGCGGAGGUGACGACGGGGCGGACGCUGCGGGUGGUUUUACUCGCGAUGCAGACGCAUAAAAACAGCAAGACGAUCAUCCAGUGGGGGAGCAUGACGCUGUGGGCGCUCGUGAAGAACAGCGCCGCUGCGAAGCGACACGCGCUCGGCUUGGACCUCCCGGACAGAGGCAACGACGACGGGAAGGAUAAGGGCGACGCCGGGGAGCUCCUCGUGGAGGCGCUCAAGAAGUGGGGGGAGGAGCACGAAGCCGUCGCGAAGGGCCUCGUCGGCGCGUGUCUGGCGCUGGCGACCAAAUCUCAGGCGUGGCAGGAUAAGCUCGCGUCUCUGGACGCGCCCGCGCUCAUCAUGAAGGUGCUGUCUAAGCACCCGCAGGUGUCGUUUAAGGGCGAGUUCGACACGCUGAGGGCGUGGUUGAGGGCGGCGGACGCGCCGGCGGCGGCGGCGGCGGCGAAGCUGUCGUCGAGCGAGAUCGACUUGGCGAAGAACGACCCGUCGGGACGACGCGCGAUGCAGCACGGGUUGUAACGGACCUCGACGAGGCGUUUACGUGUACAAUGUAUGUACGUGGUGUUAUAUAUAUCCUAGUAUCUCACUC